GCUUACAUGGUGUACAAGUAAAGUUUUCUCCUAUUAUUUUAAGUAACUGUACCUUGUGUCCAAUUAAUAAUCGUGCAUCGUUCGCUAAACAAGUCCUUACCACUAUUUACUAUGUUUUCUCAUUAAUAGUUGAGUUGAAAUACAAUCUAGAACAUGGGUGGACUCGAUAUUAAGCAUGUAGUAGAUGAAGUAGCCGAAAGCUGUUUGAAACUUUAUAAUGAACUUCCAAAGACUGGUAAACCUGUUGAGGUUGAGUGGACCGUGCUGUCCUGCAUAAUACAAUACGAUAGCAGAACGGAGGAGUUUGAAGUAGUGUCUCUGGGUACUGGAUCGAAAUGUAUAGGUGCUUCAAAAAUGUCCCCAUCCGGAGAUAUUCUGAAUGACAGUCACGCCGAGGUCAUAGCUAGAAGAGGAUUUUUGACUUAUCUCUAUGAGAAUAUAGAGCAAGCUUUAGAUAGUAAGCAGUCAAUAUUUAAGUUUGAAAAUGGAUUGUUUGAAUUGAAACACAAUAUUAAUUUUAUAUUUUAUUCAUCUCAGCUGCCUUGCGGAGACGCCUCUAUCCUACCUAAAUCUGGAGAAGAGGAACAGUAUGGUGAUAUUCUACAAAGUAUGAAAAAGCAGGCUUCGGAAGAUAUUUGUGAUGUAGAACAUAAAAGAGCUAAGGCAGAUAUUCAUAGAACUGGAGCUAGGUGUUUACCUGACUCGGAGCAGGACUUUAAGCAGCCAGGGGAAAGUUAUCACAUAUUAGGUCAAGUUCGCACUAAACCCGGUAGAGGGGACCGGACACAAUCAGUAUCUUGUAGCGAUAAGAUGGCUCGAUGGAUCCAUGUAGGCAUCCAGGGUGGCUUAUUAGAUUUAUUAUUAUCCAAGCCUAUUUUUGUCAGUUCCUUCAUUUUUGGUAGCAAAGUACCAUAUUCAGAGGAAUCCUUGGCAAGAGCUUUGUUGAAGCGAAAUGCAGGUGACCUAUCUUUGGUGCAACCAGGGAUAAUGCCACAGUUCUAUCAAAGCACACUAGUGUUCCCUCAUAUUAGAACUGAGAAGAAUUUAAGACCAGCUCCUGGCAGCAUAAUUUGGAUGAGAUCUAAGGGAGUAGAGGUGGCAGUACAGGGACGAAAACUAGGUGUGACAAAGAAAAAAGCUAAAUCCCUGAGCAGUUCUUUAUUUAUCAGUAAAUAUAAUAUCUACAAAAGAUUCCUAAAUGUUUUGAAUAGAACUGAUGAUGUGAAGAAAUCUCUUGGAUUAGAAAAAUUACAAGAUGUCCCAUAUAAUGAAAUGAAGAGGAAAUCAAAGAGGUAUUUAGAUCAAUGGGAGCUAGUAAAGGAUAUAUUUUUUAAAUCAUGGACUAAAAAACCGGACAUGUGGAAUUUCUGUGUAGAACAAUUUUAAUUCAAAAAUAUAUUCUAAAUUCUAA